AUGAUUACUUUUUUGAGGUAAAAAGAGGAGCUUCCAAAUUAUGAGACUCUAUAAAAUUAAGAGCCAAACACAGAUAAAAUGUUGAAUAACUGCAAAAUUUUCUCUAGAUGCAAGAAAGAGAUUAUUGAUACAUCAUAAAUUUAGAGAAAAUACAGAUGGCAAGGCUCGAUACCACAUGUUAUAAGAGACGUUAAUUUAAAUUUAAAGAAUGAUCCAAAGAAUAUAUUUCGUUCAAGGAAUAACUCUUGUAAUAAUAGCAUGCUUUCAACGCAAAGAGGUGACAAUCCGUUGAGUGUAGAAAAAAUGUAGGGGUUAAAAACAAAUGAUUUUUUCAUCUUAUCAUAAACUAAAAAGCAUUCAGUUUCAAAUUGGACUUCUGCAGUAAUGACUUAAGCCUAGAAUUCUCCUGAAAGAAAGUAAAAUGAUAGACCUCAUUUAUAAUAAACACAUAAUAAAAACUCUCAAUAUAAAGAAACUAGCUUACCUGUGAAUAGAAACGCUCUUACAGAAAUAGACGAUAAUAAUUAAAAAAGUGUUUCCAUAAAAUAUAUUGGUGUCCACAAUGAUGUGAUAGGUAUUUUAUCAAGAAAGGUGCCUAUUAAGUUGGAAAGAGAAAAAAUAUAAUUAUAUUUGAAGAAUAAAGAUUCAAGAAAGUGUAAAAGUCGAUAAAGUUCAAGGCAAAGCACAUGUCCAACAAAUCAGACUUUUUAUGCAAGCAAUUAAUUCGCUCAUAACAAUUUUUCUGAAAAUAACCAAAACUAAGCCAAGUAAUAAUAGCAUUUUAAGAAUUAAUUUGGCCUACAAGAAUAAUGUUAGUAAAGAAUAAGUUUAAAAUAGUAUGAAGAUUUUGUUUCUUAGAUGACAAAUUAGAUUAAAAGCUCAAACUAAGAAAAUCAGUAAGAAAAGAAAUUAGUGUAUUCAUCAUUACAACAGCAUCCUAUCAAUUAAAAUAAUAAUAAUUACUUUUAAGGCUCUAUAAACAAUUCUUCUGAAAGUACUCCUUUGUAAACUAGAUUUAGUCCUUACUAAAAGAGAGAGUUAGUUGAUGAAUCAUUAAGACAAUCUACAGAAUAGUCAGUAGCAUUAAAUCAAAAUUACAUGCUAAACACCACUAAUCAAUUUCAAAAGAGAUGUAUUACAGAAACCAGCAAUUAGAAGUCACCCAUUAACACAAGCAAGAUGUAUGAUACAGAUUAUAAAUAAAGAUUAAAUUUAGAACCUAUAACGCCAGUUAAAUAAGUAGUCUAGUAAGAAUUCCAGCAAAAUGGAAAAUAAUAGACUUAAAUGGCUUUAUAACACAUGUAAUUUAAGCCUAAAAGAGCAAAGACUUCUUAAAGUAGAAGGAUGGAAACAUUUGAAAAAGAGGAAAUUGUUAAGCAAAUCUAAAAGAUCCAAAAUUAAAAAUACAAAGAAUAUAUGCAAGACAAUCUGAAAAAUAAUAGAAUGCUAUACGAUUAUCUCCAAAAUUAAAAUACAAGUUUCAAUGGGAAUUCAUCUCCUCAUUCUCAAAGUUUUACUCCAACAGCAGCGAAUCAUGUAUAAGGAAGCACAAAUUAUUAAAAUAUUUCAUUUAUCCCUGAGUACCCUGAACCUAAUAAGUAUGAUGUUUAUGUGAUAAACAAAUACUCAAUAAGCAAGAGACUCAAGCCUGUAAUUAAACAGAAAGAAAAUAUACAAAAACUCAAUGACAUAUCUAAUGUUUAGGUUGAAUGGGUAAAUAAAGAAAAAAAAAUAACUUAUUACUGA